CUUCCAGCCACGCCCCCCUCCCCCAGGCUCGCGAGCAGCCCAGCCGGAGCAGCCCCCUUCGCGGCCAGUCCUGUAGCUGCUGCCGGGACUUUGUGGGCCUCGUGGGGGAGGGAGGGCUCCAGCAUGGCCAUGGGAGUGCAGGACCAGUACGAGCCAGUGGCGGAGAUCGGCAUUGGGGCUUACGGCACCGUCUUCAAGGCCCGAGACCUGCAGAGUGGCAAGUUCGUCGCCCUCAAGAACGUGCGCGUGCAGAGCAACGAGAACGGGCUGCCGCUGUCAACUGUGCGUGAAGUUGCCCUGCUGAAGCGGCUAGAGAACUUUGACCAUCCCAACAUUGUGCGGCUCAUGGAUGUUUGCACGACGACGCGGACUGAACGUGAAACCAAAGUAACGCUGGUGUUCGAGCAUGUGGAUCAAGACCUGAGAGCGUAUCUGGAUAAAACACCCCCUCCUGGCUUACCAGCAGAGGCAAUUAAGGACAUGAUGCGUCAGUUUUUGAGCGGUUUGGAGUUCUUGCACGCAAACUGCAUUGUUCAUCGUGACCUCAAGCCCGAGAAUAUCUUAGUAACCAGUUCUGGUCAAGUCAAGCUGGCUGACUUUGGCCUGGCUCGUAUCUACAGCUGCCAGAUGGCUCUGACACCAUUGGUAGUUACUCUUUGGUACCGUGCACCGGAAGUGCUGCUCCAAUCAACCUACGGCAGUCCUGUGGACAUGUGGAGUGUUGGCUGCAUUUUUGCAGAGAUGUUUCGAAGGAAGCCUCUCUUUUGUGGCAACUCCGAAGCUGACCAGCUGGGCAAGAUUUUUGAUCUAAUUGGCCUCCCCUCCGAGGAAGACUGGCCACUGGACGUGUCUCUGCCACGCUGUGCUUUUGCUGCUCGCCUCCCACAACCAGUUGAGAAAUUUGUACCCGAAAUCGAGCUCCCAGGGGCUCAGCUGCUUUUGGAAAUGCUGACCUUCAACCCUUACAAGCGCGUCUCUGCCUUCCAAGCGCUGCAUCGCGAAUACUUUCAAGACAAAAGAGCGGGUGAUGGGUAGCACCCAAGGAGAAUCCCUGACUUGUGGGGAAAAGACUGUACAGAAGGCUUGUGUGAUGGUGUAUGUGAGGAUGAUUUUGUACCACACUAAGGGGCUCUGGUCAGACCUGUCUCUGAGGUUCCUGGCUGUGCUGGGAUUCAGGGUGGGUAAGGCCAGGAGUGCAGCCCGCAUACAUUUAAAGGAAAAGUGUAUGUUACAGGAAGUGCGAUGUCCUAAAUCUAUCCCGACUUGGAAACGGUGGGAUUCUCGUAAUAUCUCUGUGCCAUCCACACAUACACAUUUCAUGUACCUGGAUAGAUCUCCACAGGUGUUUUUGCAGGUCCCGUUUGUUUAUAGGAGGGCCAAGUUUGAGGUCUCCUCAUGUCUUCGUCUGUGGAUUCUUUGCCAAAGGUAUCACCAAUGCCUUUUUUAAAAAGAAAAUCCUUUUAACAGUUUACACAAUAAUGUUGCUGCCUUAUCACAUUCCUGUGGCUGACAGUUUGACACUAAAGCCCUGCCUUAAUUUGUUACGGAGCACCAAGAUAAAUGAGAGCAGAGGAUAUUUUUGUACCGAUAUUCACAAUUUUUUUUAAAAAAUGUUUUCAAGUGCCGAGACUGGUCAAGGACAUACAUUCCUGUAUCGGUGAGUGUCUCAGUAUUGGACCAACUGCUUAUGUUUUCCAUCCUAGUCACUCUUUAAGAAAAAGAAAAAUGCUUCUAAAAAUGAUUUUUAAUAAAUGCUACGGAUUGGGGGCCAGGCAAAUACAUUUUGGUAACACCCCCCCCCCCAAUUAUCUCUUGCAAAUGUCUUGUUGAAGGGAGCAGGAUGGGCGUGUACGGCUGCCUAUUAUGGGAUGUGCUCCAAUCCUUGCUUCAAAUGCAGGCUUUGAAGCACACUCAUUUCUCAACUUUCUGUUCUAGCUGACUUGCACGAACUCAGCCUCUGGGAGAAUUUUUCCUGUUGAAGAGAAUGCAAAAUUUGAUUUUUCAGGAACGUAUUGUACUUCUGGACAGACGUGCAUCUGUACUACCCGAGUAGUGGUGUAGUUGGGGUGGAGAGAGAGCACUUGGUGUUAACUUGUAUCGUCUGCAUACAAAAAAAAUCACCGUUUUCUUGA